AUGGGCUUUACUGCCAUUUGGAUUACUCCUGUGACUAAACAGCUCCCGCAAAACACCGGUGAUGGGACGUCCUAUCAUGGAUACUGGCAGCAAGAUAUAUACAAUGUCAAUCCAAAUCAUGGCACGUCCGAUGACCUCUUGGCACUCUCAAAGGCACUACACGCGCGAGGCAUGUAUCUCAUGGUUGAUGUUGUGGCAAACCACAUGGGCUACGCUGGACCUGGAAAUACUGUGGAUUAUAGUGUUUUCACUCCCUUCAGUUCUUCCUCUUACUUCCAUUCCUACUGUUUGAUCAGUAACUACAACGAUCAGUCCAAUGUCGAGAAUUGUUGGCUUGGUGACACCAUUGUCUCGCUGCCAGAUCUUGACACAACGCAGAGCUCAGUGCAGACACUGUGGAACAACUGGAUUGGAGAUUUAGUGUCUAAGUACUCCAUUGAUGGAUUACGCGUCGAUACCGUAAAGCAUGUCCAGAAGUCUUUCUGGCCUGGCUUUAAUACUGCUGCAGGCGUCUAUGCUGUCGGGGAGGUCUUUGAUGGAGAUCCAGCUUACACCUGCGACUACCAGAAGUACAUUGACGGUGUCUUGAAUUAUCCUAUUGGCAGCAUUAGCGAUUUGUACAACAUGAUCGGCACUGUGGCAUCCGAUUGUGCAGAUCCAACUCUGCUGGGCAACUUUAUCGAGAAUCACGACAACCCACGUUUCCCGAGCUACACAAGUGACUACUCCCAGGCCAAGAAUGUGAUCUCAUUCAUCUUUUUAUCAGAUGGUAUUCCCAUUGUAUAUUCUGGCCAGGAGCAACACUAUAGCGGUGGAAGUGACCCAGCCAACCGUGAAGCUAUCUGGCUGUCGGGAUACUCUACCACAACAGAGCUGUACAAGUAUAUUGCGACUACAAACAAGAUCCGCAAAGCCGCGGUCGCGGCAGACUCUAGCUAUAUUACGACCAAGAACAUCCCCUUCUAUCAAGACAGCCAUACGCUAGCCAUAAAGAAGGGGUCGGGCAGCUCGCCAGUUAUAACGGUACUUUCCAAUGCCGGAUCAUCUGGAUCCUCCUACACAUUGUCUUUAAGUGGUAGCGGAUACUCAUCAGGCGCCAAGCUGAUGGAGUUGUACACCUGCACAUCUAUAACAGUAGAUGCUAGCGGUAAUAUCGCCGUGCCAAUGGCAUCCGGGUUGCCACGGGUUCUUGUUCUCGCUUCCUCCGUGAGCAACAGCGGAAUAUGCGGCUCAUCCGUUCCUAGUACCACAGCCGUCACCGCGACUCAGACCACUGCUACGACGACAACCACUACGGGGGCGGGCUGUAUCCAAGCUACCGCUCUGUCAGUUCUAUUCAAGGAGCUUGUGACCACUUCCUAUGGCCAAGAUAUCUACGUCUCAGGAUCGAUCAGCCAACUUGGUACCUGGGACACUAGUAAAGCCAUCGCACUGUCUGCAAGCGGCUACACUACGUCCAACCCCUUGUGGCAGGGCACUAUCACCCUCCCUGUCGGAACAACCUUCCAGUAUAAAUUCCUCAAGAAGACGAGUGGAUCUUCGGCUGUGACGUGGGAAAGUGAUCCUAACCGGUCGUAUACAGUGCCGACUGGAUGUUCUGGAACUACGGCCACUGUGACGGCGAGCUGGAGAUGA